AUGGCGGACCGUAAGAAGAAGGACCGCUACGCAGCGGGAACCGGCUAUCAGUUUGGAGCCAAUACGGCCGAUGCAGCCGCACAAGGACCAAACCCACCCGCGCCAGGUGGUUACAAUUACAACACUCCUACGACCUACGGAGGGCCGUCUCCUGCCUAUGGCGCUCCUGCUCCAGCAUAUGGCCAGCCAGCGCAAUAUGGUCAGCAGCAGACACCAACCCAAGAUCCAAAUGCUCUUGGCCAGCAGUUUGGACAGAUGAACCUAGGCCCAGGACAGGCAGCACCGCAAGUUCAGCAGCCCGCAGCUGCUACUCAGCAGAAUCAACUGUUCCCUUCAGAUCUCAUCGCUCAGCCUUUUCACGUCUCAGAACUAUACAACCCUCCUCCACCGAUCAAUCUGCCAUCCAACGCCGCAGCCACGCCCUCCGAGUUCGCAAACGAGUCGAGCAAAUACCUGCGAUGUACCCUCAAUACCAUCCCGACCAACCACUCCCUCCUCAAGAAGAGUAAACUGCCAUUUGCUCUGGUUAUAAGCCCAUAUGCUAGCCUGCACGAUUCUGAGGAUCCAGUACCGGUAGUCCACGACCAGGUCAUCAGCCGUUGUCGCCGAUGCCGCGCUUACAUCAAUCCGUUCGUCUCAUUUCUGGACCAUGGACAUCGGUGGAAGUGCAACAUGUGCAACCUCACAAACGACGUCCCCCAGGCAUUCGACUGGGAUGCGGCACAACAAAAGAGCAUGGAUCGUUGGCAGCGACCAGAGCUGAACUACGCUGUAACCGAAUUCGUUGCUCCCCAGGAGUACAUGGUCCGACCUCCACAACCGCUGUGCUACUACAUUAUUUUGGACUGCACACAGGCGGCAGUCAACAACGGUCUUCUUGCCGUUGUGUCGAGAGUGAUCAAGGAAGCUCUGGGACGGAUACCGAACGCUGAUGGCCGAACGCGCCUUGGUUUCAUGGCAGUCGACAACGGUCUGCACUUUUUCGGAAUUCCCCCCGAUAACAGCGAGUCGAACGAGCCGCAGCAACUUGUAGUUUCCGAUCUAGACGAGCCCUACCUACCCAUGCCCUCGGACCUCCUCGUUAGCCUUAGCCAAUGCCGCAACAACAUCGAAAAUUUCCUCGACCGUCUCCCAACCAUGUUCCAGAACACACACGCUUCUGGUUUUGCGCUUGGAUCAGCUCUUCGAUCCGCACAUAAACUCAUCUCUCCCCUUGGCGGAAAGCUGACCGUUAUUGGUGCCUCCCUGCCCAAUGUUGGACAUGCCGCGCUGAAUCCUAGAGAAGACAAGUCGUUGUUGGGUACUGGCAAAGAAGGCAGUCUGUUGCAACCGGCUAACAACUGGUACAAAUCGUUCGCUGUGGAAUGUUCCAAGAACCAGGUCUCUGUGGACAUGUUCCUCUUUUCUCAGCAAUAUCAGGAUGUUGCGACAUUAUCUAACCUUCCCCGGUUUACUGCUGGUCAGACAUACUUUUACCCCGGAUGGAACGCCGCGAGACAGGAAGAUGUUGUCAAGAUCGCAACUGAGUUGUCCGACUACUUGUCUGCUGAGAUUGGUCUUGAGGCUGUGCUCCGAGUGCGUGCGACCACUGGAUUGAGGAUGUCCGCCUUUUACGGAAACUUUUUCAACCGCUCCUCCGAUUUGUGCGCCUUCCCCGCUUACCCCAGGGACCAAGCAGUUGUGAUUGAAGUUGCUAUCGACGAGACAAUCUCGAAGCCAUUCGCCUGUCUCCAGGCUGCUGUGCUACAUACCACUUCAAGUGGCCAGCGCCGUAUCAGGGUGUUGACACUCGCAGUACCUACAACAGAGAGCUUAGCAUCGGUGUAUGCCUCAGCAGAUGCGCAAGCAAUCACCGCAUACUUCAGCCACAAGGCUGUUGAACGAGCGUUGUCGAGUGGUCUCGAUGCGGCACGGGACGCUCUGCAAGCCAAGGUUAUUGAGAUCCUUUCGACCUACAGGAAAGAGCUGGCAGGUGGCAGCAUGGGCGGCGGCGGUCUGCAACUGCCUCAGAACCUCCGCGCUCUCCCGAUAUUGUUCUUGGGUCUCAUCAAGAACGUGGGUCUUCGUAAGAGCGCUCAGAUUCCGAGUGAUCUCCGGUCAGCGGCUCUUGACCUCCUCUCCACACUGCCACUGAGGCUUCUUACGCAAUACAUAUACCCGAGUUUCUACUCGCUUCAUGAUAUGCCUGAUGAUGCUGGUGUACCUGAACCUACUACUGGCCAAAUCACCAUGCCGCCUGCCAUGAACUUGUCCAGUGUUAACAUUGUCCCAUACGGUUUGUACCUUUUGGACGAUGGUGUCAAUCAGUUCUUGUGGAUUGGCCGUGAUACUGUUCCCGCGCUCUUGGCAGACGUAUUUGGUGUUGAAGACCGUACGCAGUUGAAGCAGGGCAAGGGCUCGUUGCCUGUUCUGGACAAUGAAUACUCCGAACGAGUACGAGCAGUUGUCGAGAAGUCAAGAGAUCACAAGUCAAAGGGUGUAGGAUCCAUCACACUACCUACGUUGUAUAUUAUCAAGGAAGACGGCGACCCAAGCCUGAAGUUGUGGGCACAAACAUUGCUCGUGGAAGAUCGGGCAGACCAGGGCGAGAGCAUUGUGCAGUGGAUAAGCAAGCUUCGGGAAAAGGUUGUGCAGUAAGCACGGAUGACUUGAGUGUGCUCUUGUACUUUAGGCGGCGUAGAGUGAAGCAGUUGAUUUCGUAGCAUCGGUGUAGGAUACGAAUACGACAGGUGCAUAGGUUGGGGAUAGUGCAGCAGUGGUUGGAGAGUGGCUAUUGGCAAAAGUCAUGAGUUAUAGACAGAGCAAUGUGAUACCAACUUACAGUUCGCGGCUGCCUCGGUUGAUUCUGGGUGCAACGAUUGUACAAA